CAGCAGGGUCAGCGCAACAUGAAGUCCGUCCUCAUCACCGGGUGCAACCGCGGCCUGGGGCUGGGCCUGGUGCAGCAGCUCGUCCAGAGGCCGACGCCGCCCAAACACCUGAUCGCCACUUGCAGGAACCCUCAACAGGCCGAGGCUCUCACGGCGAUAGCCGCCCAGCACAAGAAUGUCCACGUGCUGCAGAUCGACGUGAAGGAUUUCAACGGUUACGACAACUUCGCCAAGCAGGUGCAGUCCAUCGUCAAGGAUGACGGCGUCAACGUGCUGUUCAACAGCGCCGGCGUCUCGUCCAAGUUCACCAGGGUGAACCUGGUGAAGGUGGAGCAGAUGACGGAGAACUUCCUGACCAACACGGUCGCGCCGCUGAUGCUCACCAAGGCUCUCCUCGCCGAGCUGAAGAAGGCCUCCAAGGGCAACGAGAGCGCGCCCAAGGGCAGCCAGCGCGCCGUCAUCGUCAACAUGAGCUCGGUGCUCGGCUCCAUCGCCCAGAACAACCAGGGUGGCUUCUACCCUUACCGCGCCAGCAAGUCGGCACUGAACGCAGUGACGCGCUCGCUGAGCCAGGACCUCAAGGACGACGGCAUCCUGGCGGUGAGCCUUCACCCGGGCUGGGUGCAGACGGACAUGGGGGGGAAACAGGCGCCGCUCACCGUCGAGCAGAGCACCCAGGCCAUGAUCAGCUUCGUCGAGGGGCUGACCGACAAGCACAACGGCGGCUUCUACCAGUACGACGGCAGUCAGCUCCCCUGGUAGCGCCGCCGCUCUUAGACAAUUGUGUUUUUUAUUAUUAAUCAAUUUUUGAUACAAUCUUGUCAUUGAAAGUCGCGUUUGUAUAUAUAGUUAUUAUUAUAUGGUAAUUUUAGCUGUCAUGUAGACUAGUCAUCAUCCAUGCUUGGAUCUCGAUAAGUGAAACUGAUGGUUUGUACUGUGUAACUUGGGGAAACUCUACUUUUGAUAUUCAUUAAUGUCAUGUUCUUGUGUUCACUUGGAAUUAAAAAUGAGGUGUUUGUUUUA